AUGGAUGGGCUCCUCACCUUCUAUGGGAUCCUAAUUGCAAGUGGAUACGGCUCUGUCACAAGAAGACACAUGUACUGGUCAGUUGACAAUGAUGUACACAAUGAGAUCAUUUCAGGCAAACCAAUUCACUUUGGUUACAAUGUAUGGAGCCUCACCUCGUCCAGUGGUUACAUGUACCAUAUGGAACCAUAUUGUGGAACGCACACUCUCCUCCCAGAGACAGGGUUGAGUCAGGGACCCAGCGUUAUCAUAGGUUUAGCAGAGCAAGCUCAGGUGUCUCAAGGUUGCAAGUUCUUCCAUGACAACCUCUUUACCACUCUUUCACUCAUGGAUGAAAUGACAAAAAGAGGAUAUGGGAGCUCUGGAACCAUGAGGCAGAACCGCCUGUUUGAUGUCCCAUUCACACCACUGACUGCCUUCAUGAAGUUACCCAGGGGAACCUCUAAAGUUCUGUGCCAAGGAGAGAAGCUCCUGGUCCGUUGGAAAGACAAUAGCAUUGUCACAGUGGCAACAAACAUGGAAGAAAAAUACAGUGAGACCUCUGUCAAGAGAUGGAACAGGCAUCGACGUGUCUUUGACAACGUCCAACAACCAAAAUGCAUCAGCCGAUACAAUGAGCACAUGGGUAGUGUAGACCUUCACAACCUACAGGUUUCACGAUACUAUGUCUCACCCAGAUCCUCUGCCACCACCGCCAAGCCACUCCGUCAGCUGGCGACUCCUGCCACAAGUCCAUCCAUCCCGACGCCGAUCAUCAGCCACGGCUCCGUCCACCAACUGGCACCUGCUCCAUUCGCCUUCCCCUCCCUGGCUUCCCUGGCGUCAGCUCGUCACCACCAGCCUUCCCACCGUUGUGUUUGCAGCGCCAACCAUCAUCCCCUCCCCAACUCCACCAACCAACCCUCCUCCCUGCUUCCCCUCUCUCCUCGUUCGGCUUCCUUCAGGUCAAAGGCAGACUGCAGGCUGCUGAUGCGGGCAACUGCCUACAGGGUGGGCCCUGGGGUGAUACUAGUUGAUGCCAGCCAAGUGGGACCAGGCGCCGUUCUGCUGCAGGGGGAUGAUGAGGGGGUGAUGAGGCCCGAUAAUCACCGGGAGGCAGCCGUCAUCGUGGCCAGGGAUUUUAACAGCGCCAACCUGAGGAAGGUGAUGCCGGAACUUCGCCAGCACAUCGCCUUCCCCACCAGGGGAGACACAACUUUGGACCACUGUUAUUCUCCCUUCAGAGACGGCUAUGCAGCAAAGACUCACCUGCCAUUUGGCAGACCAGAUCUCCAUACUCCUCCUGCCCAGAGACUAGGCGACGCCGAGCAGCGCAUCGGUGAGGUGGAAACAUUUGGUGCGGAGGUGCAGGAGGUGUUAACCGAGAUGCAGAAAACCCAGCUGGAACUGAAGUCAAAGAUUGCUGAGCUUGAGGGACACUCACGUCGCAAAAAUAUUCGGAUUUAUGGUAUCAAGGAGGGAGCUGAGGGGACCUCAAUGCUUAACUUCGUGGAGAACUUCAUAAAAACUGAACUGGGUGAGAGCACUGGCCUGAACGAACUGGGUAUUGAACGCGCACACAGAGCAGCCGGACCUAAACUCGCUGAGACGGCUCCUCCAAGAUCGACGGUCGUGAGAUUCCUGAAAUACACCACCAAGGAGCAGAUCAUCAGCGUGGCGUGGAGGAAGAGGAUCACCCUGGAUGGGAACAGGGUGUUUUUCGACCACGACUACGCAACAGGUGUGAUGGAAAAAAGUAGGGACUACAUGUCAAUCCAAAAAGUUCUGAAAGAAGAGGGAAUCAGAUUCCACACACCGAUGACUGAAAUGCGUGUUUUCUUGGAGUCGGGGACCGUCACAUAUGAGAGCACAGACCAGGCUGCCCAGGAUCUUCGAGCAAGGGGCCUCCCGAUACUACCGAGACCUGAGGGCAGACGGAGAGAAGCACUGCGACCGAGCCCCCGCUGGGAGAAGGCGAGGAGCAAACGGCAUGGAGCCGGAGGUGAAUAUCAGCAGAGGAUCCGAGACAAGCUCCGUGGAUUUAACCGGCUGGCCGAAACGGACAACGAGGACAGUCAACCUAUUGUUUUUCCUUGUCUGUUUACCUGA